CAAGACAGUGAGGCAACAUACAAUCACAAAGAGAGGAGAGAGAUAGAGUAAUAAAGGAGAACAAGUGUAGCGAGGGACCAGAGAAAAGAAAGAGAGCAGGACAAUCCGAAGAUCAAGAUGCCACCCAACUUUGCCGGCACCUGGAAAAUGAAGAGCAGCGAGAAUUUUGAUGAACUUCUGAAAGCUCUUGGUGUGAACGCCAUGCUCCGGAAAGUGGCCGGUGCUGCUGCAGCCAAACCCCACGUGGAGAUCCGACAGGAUGGAGAGCAGUUCUACAUCAAGACCUCCACCUCUGUUCGCACCACUGAAAUUAACUUCCGUGUUGGAGAGGAGUUCAACGAGGAGACGGUGGAUGGCAGGAAAUGUAAGAGUUUUCCCACGUGGGAGACAGAGAAUAAAAUCUACUGCAAACAGACACUGGUGGGUGGGGACGGACCCAUUACAUACUGGAGCAGAGAGCUGCGUGGAGACGAACUUAUCUUGAUCUUUGGGGCCGACGACGUGGUUUGCACACGGAUUUACGUACGGGAAUGAGGUGGAUUGUCAACAGAGACAGCAACCAAACCAUGAAUAACGCAACCAGUCAGCCCUGCAUCCCAAGAUGUGUCCAAAACAAACCCCAAACCCUUCAUGCAUGUCAAGCGGUGAACGUGCAUCCGUGCAGUGCAUUGUGGAAUUUCAGUUCACAACUGUGACCUCCAUGUUCCUCCAGUUUAACUUUAAUUGUCACUCUUUCCUUCUCUCUAACUCUCUUUGUCCUUUUGUUUUCACAGAUAUGUGUAUUGCAAACAAAAACAGGAACCGAAAUAAAAAAGGAACCAAACA